CGGAACCAAACGGAACGUGAAAUGCAAAAUGUGAAUAAAAUUAAAGAAGAAAAUGCUUCAACAUAACUAACCGUUCAGACAAAAGUGACAAACAAAUAAGAAAUAAAAACAAGAAUUAGUUAAUUUUAUAGUCAGUCCCAGACUAAUGGAUUGAAAAAUUUAAGGACUUCGGUUGCAAUCAGUCUGAAUUGAUUCAGAUAAAAUUUGUGCAAAAUCCGAUGAAUAAAAUUUGGCUUACACAUAUAAAAAAUAUAUGCUUUAAAGAAAUAUUUGAAAGUAAAGUUAGAUUAAAUAAUCUUGCAGUUUUAAACUUCGUGCAUUAUCAAAGUGGAUUAGUAAUAUAUGAAGGUGAUUUUUUUAUGAGAAUAAAGUAAACAAAAAUUAUAAACUUCGAUUUUGACAACCUCGAUUUGCUCAUCAGCAGCCAACAUUCGAGACAACUAGACUGGAAUAGCUUCAAGUCACAAAACGCACAAGAAAUGGAUAAAAGAGCCGCACAAAAACUUGCACAAACACACAAUUCCAGCAAAAGUCGCACCGCCGAACUGCCAAAUGCCAGCGCACGAAAUGGUGGAUUUUGUGGAGCGCUACAGCGAGCGCCACCACCUAUGCCACCAGGGCUGGCGCGAAGGCUUGCGAACAAGGAAAACUACGGCAUCGGCAAGGUUAAGGUAAUGUUGCGUGUCUCGGACACAACGCACAACGACACGGAACAUCCGCAUUUCAUGGCGGUCGAUAAGAAGAAACGUCAAGUGACGCUGACAGAUCCGUCGGCGGCGAGCGCAGUGGCCGCAUCCACUUCGCAGGAGCGUGGUCCCAUGGUGGCGGCGCCGAAAAUGUUCGCUUUCGAUAGCCUCUUCACGGCAGAGGAUCAACAGUCCGAUAUCUGUGCGUCUGCCUUGUCUGAGGUGAUACCCGCCGUGCUGGAAGGUUCCGACGGUUGUCUACUAACGAUUGGUUAUCCGAAUUCCGGUCAACCGAAAACGAUGUUGGGUGGCGUGAAUCCGCCAACCGAAUUAGGUGCUAUACCUUGCGCCAUUUCUUGGCUGUACAAGGGUAUUAAUGAGCGACGCCAGAAGAGUGGCGCGCGGUUUUCGGUGCGCGUCAGUGCGCUCGGUGUCAGCGCCACGAAACCGGACUCCAGCUCGAAGGACUUGUUGGCGGCGCAUGCGACUGAAUCCGAUGACUCGCCAGGCGUGUACUUGCGUGAUGACUUCCUUGGCGGACCCACCGAACUGCGUGCCCCCACCGCCGAACGUGCCGCAUUGUUCCUAGACGCUGCACUCGCAGGACGGCCACAAGGUGGACUUGAGCCAGCCAUGAUUUUCACACUACACGUCUACCAGUACAGCUUAUCGCGCAAAGGAGGAGUGGCUGGAGGACGAAGUCGUUUACAUCUCAUCGAUUUGGGCGGCUGUGCCAACCGCAAUGGUGGACUGCCACUCUCCGGCAUUGGCAACAUACUACUGGCCAUAUUGAGUGGACAACGCCAUCCGCCGAACAAGGAUCAUCCAUUGACGCCGCUGUUGAAAGAUUGUCUGGCGCCGUUGACGUGUCAUGUCGCCAUAAUGGCGCACGUAAUGCACACGCAGUCGCAUACGGAUGCCCUGACGACGAUACAACUGGCCUCACGCAUACAUCGAAUGCGGCGACGUAAACAUCGUUUUCCCAUGCCAAGUGACAAAACGGGUGUAGGAGGAAUGGCGGCGGCGGGCGUUAAUGGAGGACAUCAGUCGACCGGCUCAUCGGCUGGUUCGGGUGCAGAUCCUUCCAGCUCGGAGCUGUCUGCAGCCACCGUCAUUUACAUGGGACCGAGUGACGAUGCGACGGAUGGCGAACAUCCGCCAGUGUAUUUGCCCUCGCUGAGUAGUGGCGACAAUCGUUGUGUGAUGAGCAAGGCGCUGAAGGGUAGCGGCCUGGAAAAGCAGCAACAGUCGCCGGCGAAAAGUAGUGCAGCCAGCACACUGAAGAAGUCAGCAGCACAAAAAGCAGUGCCACAAAGUCCAACCAUCAAUGCGUCUAGUCGCGCAGGCAGCCUGAAACGCGGCCACGUCAAUAGUCCAACGCCAGCCCAACAUGUGCAACAACAACAACAGCCUCAAGCGACUGCGGCCAAUACCGACCAACAGCAGCAGCAACAGUUCUUCUCACCCGUUCACAGCGUGAAAUCACUUUCGCACUCAGCCUCCUCACCCAAAAUAGUUGCGGGCAGUUUGCGCCAUUCCGGCAUGGCGGGCAUGAUGUGCUCGAAGGGCUCGAAUGUGCCAUCACCUAAAGGCUCACCGCUGCGGCGUCCAGGCGUCGGCGCCAAUGUUGUGUCCGCCGCCGCCGCUGGCGACUCUCUAGACUGCCCCGGCAGUCCGAUGCGCAAGAUAAGCGAAGAGCAGUGGAUUGAUGGACCGCGUGUGUCGCGCGCCAAGGUAGCUGAGGCGCGUCAUCUGCUGCGCGAAGUGAAUCAUGUGAAACAGUGCGAGACAUGGAUUGAUGGCCCCAAGUCGCAGUCGACACGUUCACUGACCGCCGGCAAUCUGCCUACAGCACCCUCGCAGGUGCAAGGCUACGGCUUCAUGGACUCGCAUAAGAAGUCCAUGAUACGGCAAUGGGUAGAGAAUCAGACUUCGCAAGUCUUCCAAACCACAUCGGCAGCGUCUUCGCCCACACACGGCGCCGGCAAUGCCGCACAUCGCGACCAACAAGCGCAGCAUCUGCGCAACAUCACCUUCCACAUGUCACAGCUGAAGCAGAAGUCGCUCGAUGCACCAGAGGAUUUGUAUGCGACGAGCACCAGACAAUUGCAACACCAACAACAUGCUGUGCAACAUCCAACGUUGCAGCAACAACAUUCGCUACCCCUCGAACAGCAGCAAUUCAUGCUAUGCGCCAGCGAAGCGGAGCUGGCACAUGCCAUUGCCAUGGGUCUUUCCACAGCUGUGAGCACAACGAAUGCCUCGGCGCCCGCGGAGAUACGUGGCUCCCAGCCAGCGUAUCAUCAACGACAGUCCAGCGCCACAGGCUCGCUCGGACUCACCCAGCAGACGACAACAAAAGAUGAGACUGAUUUACAAUCGACGCAUUCACACACCGGUUAUGGCAUCAUUUCACAGCAGCUACUCGUCGGAGGUGGCAACUCGGCGGCAACGAUGUCGGAGCAUGGCGUUGGCGUGGGUGCGAGUGCGAGUGGACACCAAAGCGAUCGGCAAGCAGACUGUGAUGAAGACCAGGACAGCGGACCGUCAGAGGUGCCGCCAGCGUUGCCGCUCAUCGAGCCGUUGGGUUCGCGUGAAAUUUCGCACGAAAGUCUGCAUCGCAUACUGUCGCGACAUGUUUCGCGCGAAUCACUCUACCAGCAGCAACAACGUGAGCAACAACAACAGGAAUUGCGACGACAAGAGGAACUGCAACAUAGUGCGCCCUCGAGGCAGUCAUCGCAUCAUUACUCCCAACACAGCAUGGGCAUGUCCGAUUGUGGACUGCAGGUGACAGAGGAGGAGAUAGCGCGCACAAUGGGCGGCGAACAUCCUUUGGCGGCACUGAGUCACGUUGACAACAUGUCCAUUGUGUCGAGCUUCAAUAUGGCCGGCGAUGCGUUUAGCGAUUGUGCGAUGGGUGAAAGAACGAGAAACCAAUUCGAUCAAUUAGCGCGUCUACGUGAGAUCUUCACCUCACAGCUGGCCAUGGCCGAAGUGACGCCCGUCUUCCGCAGCGGCUGCGAUGUGGGCAGCGUCUAUAGUGAACCCGCCUAUCGCUUCAAUACGGGUCCGGGUAGCGUGUGCAGUGAGCCACCAUACAGGCCACCAAGUCCGAGACAACCCUCGCGCAGCCCCAGCCAAGGCAGUUUGCCCAGCCUGAAUGGCAUUAUGCAAAUCGCCGGCAUGGAGCAAUACGCAUCCCUACGCCAUCCUGAUGGUGCUUCCGAUCCGAAUUUGCCAAAAGUGGAGAAACCUUUCGUGUUGGAACACGAGGAUAUCUGCGAAGUAGAUGAAAAAUCGGCAUUACUCUCACCCUCGAAGCGACCCUCACUCGAAAAGGAGCAUCUACCGGGCGUUGGCGGCGCUGCCAUGCCAGCGACCUCCCAAACACAGUUACCACUACUACCACUGAAUACCACCUGCGAGGCCUACGACAGCGGACACGAUUCGUCAACACCACGUACUUCCAAACAUUCGGGUAUUUCACGUCGCGCCGAAAGCGGCUACCAUAGCGUAGCCACAGCGAGAGAUAGCGACGAGAGCAGCUUUACGUCAGGUCUCUCGAAAGAGCCUCACAAUCGCAUAACUAUGGUGAAGAAGAACAAGCGCCAAGACAAGGGGCUGUGCAAUUGGCUAAUGAAUCCGUUCACCUGCACCUAUCCGGAAACUGAGGGUGAGAUCAGUGACUUUUGAAGAAUGAAGUAAAUGAGCGGAGAAAUUAGAAUGAAAGACGAAUUUAUAAUGUGAAAGCAGAGGUAAAUGAGUUUAUGGAAAUAAGGAAUGAAAAAUAACGAAGCUUCUGAAUUAGAAAAAUAAAAAGUGCGCCAACCCACCAAGAAAUUUUUGCGCGCAGCUACAUAAAUAUUUAAACAUACAUAUAGAAACAAUAAAAUAUGUAAAAGCAUGCCAAAUUUUUACUUUAAUAUUAAUAAAUAUUAGUGUAAUUUUUUUUUCUGGGAGAGAACCAACGCCAAUCUUUUUAUGUGGCAGUUCAAAUGGCGACUGAAUUUUUUAAAUGCAAAUUAUCGUAAAAAAAACGAGAAAUAUUUUUAGGUUAAUAUCAGAUGAUUGUCAAACAAAUGCAGCGAUGUAGAGAAAGCAUUUUUAAAUCUCAUUUAUAAUACUUAAUGUAUGUGUUCUAAAGCACGAGCUUAUGAAGAGCGCACUUGUUUGUAUGAGUGCGCGAAAAGCUUAUUGCAUGUGUAGCAGUAAUAGAAAGAGAAAGCUUUCACUUUGUAUGUGUGUUCAUACAAAACCUAAAGAAACCUUUAAAAACCGUCUCACGCGGAAUAUGUUUUUGUCGUUUCCGAGGUAAAUUUUGCUUGCUUUAAGCUCUUAGCUCUGUUUACUGUUCACUAUCUGCGACCACCUGAAAGCUUAGAUAUCAAAGCUACAGCUCAUUUGUUUCGGGUUUAAAGCUUCUUGCUCUGUUAAUUGUACACGAAAGCUUUUUUUUGUAAAGUAAAAGCUUAUAGAAAAACUUAAUCCGUUUAGAAAAGUGCAGUUCGGUGUUUUUUUCCAAAAGCUGGUUGCGUUUGAAACUACAGUCGUUGUAAGAGCUUAUUCGACACACUCUAAGUGAAACCAUUAUGAAACUUAAACACCAAGGUUAAAUAAAAGUGUAUGUGGAUUUUUUUUUUCAAAUGUCAAGCUUCAGUGAAAGCUUUGCACCGGCAACCUUAAAAAAGCUUUUUUUUGCUGAAAAGCGGAAGCGUAAUGCGUCUUUAGUUCUCGUCUGAAACAUAAGAUGCAAAAUCUGUACCAUCCCUACGAAUGCGGAGCUUAGAAAAACGAGAUCACGGUCUUCGGAAACUUUUGCGUGUUAAUAUUCAUAUCUACACCGAACCUUAUUCUUUUCGUGAUAUGCUGUUGAGCUUCUCCUCUAAUUUGUGCCAUGCGCUUAAUUGUUCUCACACUGCAGAUCCCUAGUUACAAAAACUUAUAGAAAGCUUAAAAAAGCUUUGCCCGCGGUGUUGGCGUUGUUUUGAGAGUCACUGAUUCAAGUAGAGGGGCUUUUGCAAUCUGUUUUUUAAAAUAUUUGUACAGCUUACGAAGCUCAUAUCUACUGCCGCGCUAAAAAAUUUAUUUAAAAUUAUAAAUUUACCGUCAUGAAAGCUUUUUAAAAAGCUCUCAGCUAAUUUGCUGUCUAUUUUACAGCUUUGUAUUUUUUAUUUACAUAACUCCGAAAGAGCUAUACACAUACAUAUGUAUAUACUACAUAUUCUUUUGUUAUUCGCUGUUCACUACCAUAGCCAUAAGCUGCUCCAGCCUAUUCUUUGGCAAUAGCUACCAUAUUUUCUGUAAACUAUUUACUAGUUGCUAGUUUGCUAAACAUUCAACAAAAAAUAAUGAAAUAAACUAUUAAGUAAAUAAGUUUUUUUUUAUUUAUUUAAUGUUGUUACUAUAUUUAGCUAAAUUUAAGUGUGAACGAAAGCUUUUCUUAGUAAAAAAGCGACGAUCGAAAAAAGCUACAAACUAUAAGAACUUAAGUACUAAAUAAAUAGAAAUUUUGUUGCCAGUUUUGCCUAUUUAAACUAUGUUAAAAUUUUGAAAUGUUUAUCCGCAACUAACUCAACUGAUAUGAAAUUACAUACUUAAGGAAAUAAAAUAAAGUAAAAAUAAAUUAAAAAUAAUGCAUUUAGUAUUCUAUAUAUUAACUACAUACAU